CCUGACUGCUGCACCCAUGGUUUUGCGCGUAGAACUUGUGCUUGGCGAUGACGCUUUAAUAUGCACCAAGAGGCACCUAUCGCAAUGGUGGAGAGGACGGCCAACUGUCCUUUCGCUAUCGAGUUUGCACGAUAUCGGCCGUUUGUCCGCAAAAGCUGGAAACGCGUCGUUACUUGCAAGCAGGAGCUUCCAGUUUUUACGCGACUACCAGCAACGUCAAAACAGAGUCCGGACCCCGUGGAGCAGCUUGAAGCAAUCGAUGAGUUGUUCAUACAGUUUGAGAAGACCUCACUGGACACGGUGCCGGCAACUCAGCGGUGGCCCAGGUGGCUGACAGGAGGGAGGGAGAUGGCGCCACCUGAAGCAGUUGGUUUGGUGGAUCCAGAUCUAGACGAUCUGGAUGAAGACAGUCAAAGCAGCGCAAAGCCACUGGCCCUGGUCCUUUUUUCAGUCCUCUCAGUUCUUCUUCUCUUCAUCACCGUGGGAACCAUUGACCUGAACAAGUGGACUGAGGCAGAGCACCGGAAGCUAAAUGAGGAUGACUUCUUCACACCCUUUGACUACGAAGCCGCGCUGAACCCUACAACCACUUCGAAUCCAGAAGAAGGGAGCAUGAUCCCUUACAUGGAGAAAGGUAUGGAAUUUGCCGGAGCUACCCGCUUGGUGUGGAGAAAUGUGCUCAUUCCAUCGGAAUGUUGUGCCAGGUGUCAAAACGAUGCCCGGUGUCGUGUGUGGGUCCUUGACUCAGAGACUCAUGAGUGCAGCCUAAAGUGGGUGGAGCCAAACGCAACCUUGGAAAAGGUACCCAAGAAGAACUACAUUUCGGGCUUACCUUUCAAAUGGAGCAAGAAAAGCGUGCUGUGCUUCGCAGUAAUGCGACCCGAUACUUAUGAGCAAGGCCUCAUUGCUUGGCAGUAUCGCAACAAGGUGAACAUUUUUGCCUGCGAUGAGUGGGCCGUCUACAGCAGCCGCAAAGUGGAUGUGGUUCCAGGUUUCUUGCAAUCCGCAGUGGUGGACAGCGACUUAAAAUGCGAUGUUGGAGGUGAGUUUGGUGCAGCCUUGAACACAGAGAUCUUCUUCAAAGUUUGGGACCGUGUUUUUCAGGACAAACGCUAUCUUUUUCACGAAUAUGUUGUGAAGGUGGAUCCUGACACAGUCUUCCUGGUGGAUCGUUUGCGUGUGGCCCUUGCAUUCCAUCAUGAUGAGGAAGGAGGGGUCUACUUCAACAACUGCAAAUUUGGUUUGCAUGGACCCAUCGAAGUUUUUUCACAGAAAGCAGUGGACGUUUGGCAGGGUGGGCGCCAAAGAUGCGUGCACCACUUCGAGAAGCUUUGCUCAGGGCCAUGCUUGUGGGGAGAGGAUAUGUUCAUAGACCAAUGUCUCCAGAAAGUGCUGAAAGUGAAGCGCGUGAAUGACUGGAACUUGAUCAGUGAGGCUCAUUGUGACUCACCAGAUUGGCCAGAAUGUCGCAAUGGACAUGUGACCUUUCAUCCCUUUAAGGACUUGGUGUCAUAUCAGCAGUGCUUGGAGAAUGCAGCCGCCAAGUCAUGGACUGCUGGAGGGCAGCUGGUGGUUUGA